AUGAGUAGAAGAGUGAGUUUCAGUUAUGAUGUCAAUGACAUGCCAAUCAUUUACCAAAAGUAUGGUGAUGGUUCAAAAGCAGAUGGAAACAAGAAGAAAGUAAAUGAAAUAUGGAGCUUCGGACAUAUUAGAAAAUCCAAGUUUUCGCUGUCUGGUUUCCUCAGGCGUACCGGAGCAAAGGCCACCAGAGCACUUCGUUGUAUGUCUAGUAGAAAGAGGUGUUCACGUAAAGUUUCUUCUGCUUCUUUGGCAAGGUCACAUUCAUAUGCUGAAACACUUGAUUCUCAGAGGGUUGAGGCUAUAGAGGACUGCAUCGAGUUCUUGAAUUCUUCAUUGUCUUUGCAAAGAUCAAAUUCUGUCACAAGUUCUUGCUAG